CAACUCGAAGAAAAGUUAUCUAAGCGUUUAUGUGCCUCUUUCACAGAAAUAGUCACUUCAGUUACGUUUUGAUAGUACCAGCUCAUGUGAUCGUUACAAUGUAACGAACCUAAAAGAGGUGAAUGGUUGCAACGGCAGUUAAGUUUAAAUGGGUCCCACAUUUGUCGUUACCCCUUUAAGAAUGGACAGUUUAAUAGACUCCAACGCUACUUGCCCCACCCCUUUUUCUGCCGAGUUCCUGGAUGAUGUAAUCUUAACGGACGUCAGAUCCUGGAGAAAAUAAAAAGAGCCAUGGAUAGUGAGGAUGCUGCAAGAUGUAAUUUGUGCUUUGCGAAAUUAAAAUAGAGACCACAAACGAUUGGAUGGGAAGGUGGCAGAGCUACGACCCACAGGUGUAUAAGGAUCGUUGAAAUUUCUGUGGUAUCAUGUCGACUGAAGAGGAGCGAGAGGUGGUUCGGGUCCGAGUGAAGAAGUGUGAAGGCUACCAACAGCCGGAGUUCCGCACCUUUGCAGUGGACCCUCAGAUCACUUCCCUCGAGGUCUUGCAACACAUAUUGAUCAGAGCCUUUGAUCUUAAUGGGAAGAGGAAUUUUGGCAUCAGCUAUUUGUCUCGAGACAGACAGGGUUCAGAGGUAUACCUCUCUCUACUUUCUGACUGGGAUCUUGAUGCGGCCUUUGUCAGUGCGUCAAAGCCCUGCCUUCAACUUAAGAUUGACAUCAAACCAGCCGAGGAUAGCCCAUUACUGGAGGACUGGGACAUCAUAAGCCCAAAGGAUGUGAUCAGUUCUGAUUUAUUGCAAGGAGAGAGGCGGUCACUGGCAGCAGCAGCAAUUCCUUUCACCCAGUCUCUCAUCACCCAGUUUGGUCGCACAAUAUCUCGAGUUCAACAAGCAUUAAGCUGGUCAUAUGGAGAAGAUGUGAAACCUUUUAAGCCACCGCUUACAGACUCAGAGUUCCACAGUUACCUUAAUCAUUUGGGACAGCUAAGCCGACCUGAAGAUCUCCGCCUAAGAAUAUACCAUGGUGGAGUAGAGCCAUCUCUGCGAAAGGUGGUGUGGCGCUACUUGCUAAAUGUGUAUCCAGAUGGACUAACUGGUCAGCAACGUAUGGACUACAUGAAAAGGAAGACUCGAGAGUAUGACCGGUUAAAAGGAGAAUGGACCCAAAGGGCAACCCCAGAGGACUUGGAGUUCAUCCGUGGGAAUGUACUUAAAGAUGUUCUAAGAACUGACAGAGCUCAUGCUUACUAUGCUGGCUCUGAAGACAGUCCGCAUCUAACUUCCCUGACUGAUUUGCUAACUACAUAUGCUAUCACUCACCCCCAGGUAUCCUACUGUCAAGGUAUGAGUGACAUUGCCUCCCCAAUCCUUGCUGUGAUGGACAAUGAAGCUCAUGCUUUUAUUUGCUUUUGUGGCAUCAUGAAGAGACUAGAAGGCAACUUUCAUACAGAUGGACAUCUCAUGUCAGUCAAAUUCCAACAUCUGAAACUUUUGUUACGGUACUCUGACCCAGAAUUCUAUACUUACUUGCUUUCCAAAGGAGCAGAUGAUCUGUUCUUCUGCUACCGUUGGCUGCUGUUGGAGCUAAAGAGAGAAUUUGCCUUUGAAGAUGCUUUACGCAUGCUUGAGGUCACCUGGAGCUCACUGCCACCUGAUCCUCCUGAAACUGAGGUGGAGUUGGUUGGUCUGCCCUUGGAGCAACGGGAGAGAACAACUACAGGAGCCGAGGAUAACCUAAGUGAGAGGCAGAGGUAUCGACACAUGUUGAGGCCUACUCAAGAGCAGGAAUUAGGAAGCCAAGACCAUGAGCAGAGUCUAAUAGAGCCAAGAGGUUGGAGUCAAAGACUAAAUCCAGAUUUCUUGGAGGGACGGGAGGAGGGUGAUGGUGUGGGAUCUUUCAAAGAAGUGCCAGUAAUGCGUCCAGUAGAACAAAUGGAACAAAGAGCAAAAAAACAACUGUUAAAGCUUAAACCAGACUGUGUUCAAUACCACAACUUCAUGCAAGAGGACCAAGUGGAAAACGAAUGGGAAAAGUCAGCAAAAAUUAUUGAUGAGCCAACAAAACGGCAGAUGCCAAGGGAGGAGUAUGAUUUAAAGGAAGAAGACAAAAGAAAGAGCAGUACAUCUCUACCUGCACCCCUGAACAAGCAGGCCAGUUUUGGAGAAUUCAAGUACUACAGUGCCCGCAACAGUGAAAGCUUUGAUAUAGAUGAAGAAUUGAUUAUGGCCACAGAUGUGCGUCCUAUUUUAAACUGUUCUGUGGCUGGCCACAGACUUCCUUCACGACAGCAAACUGAAGAUAGUGAAGAAGACUUUGGGGAGCAAGAGCCCUUGAUUAAAUCAACAGCUAGUGAAAAACCACAGAUACCCACUGUAUCUCCCACAUUUGUAAGAAAAGCUGGUAGUAGUGGUAGACAGUCCCCCAGUGGUAAAUUAUCAUCACCAUCGACUCCUAGCGGAAGGGAGACCACACAAUUUACCACCUGCCAGACCAAUGGAAGAGCAUCGUCUCCUUGCAUUUCUAAUGAGAGAGCAGCCUCACCUUGUUUUACUGCUGGAAGAGUUGUCUCUCCCUGUAUUGCUAAUGAAAAAGGCUCUCCUUGCUUGCCCAAUUGGCGAGCUGUGUCUCCUCUUUCCAACAAACGAUUGAGUUCCCCAUCUACACCCACAGGCAAACUAGGUUCCUCACCUUGUUUGUGCAAUGGCCGAGCAUCUUCUCCUUUGCUUUCAAACAGAGGAGGAGCUUCAACCUCUUCCACUGAUGGACAUAUAGGGGGUGUAUCAACACCUCAAAAGGAUGACAGUAAACUGCAGCCUAACACCCCACCCAUCUCUCUGCCCCCACCUCAUGAAUUUGGUAAAGGUAAUCCCUUCAUGUUAUUUUUGUGUUUGUCUAUCUUGUUAGAGCAUCGUGAUCACAUUAUGAAGAAUAACUUAGACUACAACGAACUUGCCAUGCAUUUUGACCGACUUGUCAGGAAACACAACCUUAACCGGAUACUGCAUCGAGCAAAGGCCCUCUUUGCGGACUACCUUCAUAGUGAAGUCUGGGACUCUGAAGAAGUGGAUGAAGCAGCAGCAAACUCUGACUCCCCUUCUUCACAGACUCCUCAGCCACCAUCCUUUUCAUCUUGACCACUGACCUUUGCAGCCUUGCUGCCUCUAUCCAGUGGCUUGGCUGUACCUCGUUAAAAGUUAAUCUGGAAACUACUCCUGAAUCUUCUUAAUUGUGGAGAUGUUUAUUUGUAGCAAACCAAUAGCAGUGUUUGGAAAAACUGAGUGGCAUUUUGCAAAAUUGUGACCAUCCAGUCAGAAGAUUCACAUUUCAAAGUAUCACAAGCUGAUUUUCUUUAGAAGACAAUGAAUUGAAGAUUAAGUGAGGGUUUUUUGUAACAAUUAUUUUGCAACUUUUGUAAAAGAGCAUUUUGAUCAAAACAAUUUAUUUGGAAUAUGUUACAAAGUUAGAUUUUAGCCUCCUGGAAUCCAUUUAGGGAUGACAUGCUAAACUAAUAAGCUGCUGAUAUUAAUCCACAAACGAUAUACAGUAUAUAUCUCUUUUAAUUUGUUGAUAUUGAUGCCAUAUUUUACUUUAUUUCCCCCAAGCAUAUAACAUGCCUUAUAAAGAACAGAUUAUAAUUAGAAGCAUGGCCACUUGAAAAGUGUUUCCAUAGAUUUUUUUUAAAAAAUAGCACUUUACUGUUUUUAUUUUCCUAAGAAAUUAUCUUUCUUGCUUUUUCAGCCUUUAUUCUGCCCUUGUGGCUUACUUUUCUGCCAUUUCUCUGUUUCUAGAUAUGGCUUCUUUACAUCUUUUGCCACCAAAGUCCUUUAUUCUUGCCUUUUGAAACAAGGUAUUCAUUGUUGGGAUAUUUUGUUAUAGUAAGUUGUUUACUUUUCAAAGGGUGCUGUGUUGUCUGUCUUUUGGGAAAGAUCUGAACAACUUAAUGAAAUAUUGACAUAAGUUAAUGAAAUAUUGACAUAAGUGAAUACUGCAAGACAUAUAAAUGGAAAAUAAAUACAUACUGAACUCAAGGUUUGUUAGGAGGCCAUGUUGUAAUAGUGUUCUCUAUACUCCAAGCAUAAUUGUGUCAGAAUGAAAAAUGUCUAUCUUGAAAGGCAUCAGAAUCUAUAACAUAGUCUCAGAAUACCAUAUUUUACCUUUUGCUCACUUUUAUAGAUCACACCUGACCAACUUGUGUAAUGAAUGUCAAGAGUUUUGAGAAAGUAGAUUAAAGCCACAUAUUUUGUUAAGCUGCUAAAAAGUGAUGUUUCUGCCAUUUGUUAUUCAGUAACAAUUUAUUUGCAGCUUGCAUCAACUUUUUGUUUAUUUCCCAUAUUUAUUUCUACAAUUAAGAAAAUGAAAAAGUCUGUCUGCUUAUCCUAUCCCACUUAAAGCAAUCUUUUAUUUUUAACGUUUCCUAAUGCAAAUGUUACUUUUUGUUAUAUUGCUUCAAUUCUUAAUCAACUGAUUUGAAUUUGUGGCACAGAACAACUUAAAUUUCUGAAAUAACUAAUAAUACACAAGCUUGAUUUAAUAAUAACUAGUGGUAUACAAAGCAUGUGCUUGGACAUUUUAUUAUGUUUAAAACUGUAUGACACUAUUGCUUUGUGCCAGAUAUAUUAAUAUUUAUAUGUCAUACUGAAUACACUGUUGGACAUGAUAGCCAGAUCCUGUGCCACUGGUCCAACAUUACAGGGGAUUUUAUACUGGGUGGGGGAGGGGGACAGAACAUUGAAGUAUCAAUAAUUAAUUAUUUUUAAAUGAAUGGAAACCUUCUAGUCGUUUUUUAACAUACUAUACCCAUACAUCUUACAAAUUUAGAAGCUGACCAAAUUUCAGAUAUAUAUGGAAUCAAUUAUCUAUCAGUUUGAUAAACUUAAUGGUGGUAUUGAUUGGUUGAACACCAUGUAGACUAACUCAGCAUUGAUCCAGAGUUCAGUUAUUAAUGAGAUCUAUGGCUGAGGACGCUGAAAGGAAAGGAGAUUUGUUUUCAGUCUUCUUUUCUUUUCAGUCUUCUUAGAGACACUAGUACAGCAUUUCUCUUGGUCAGAGUGUAAAUAAAAAAUCAAAAACAUGCAGAGUGAACCACAUUUUAAAUUUGUAAUGAAGACUUUAUUAUGGUGUGUUUUAAGAGCAACAAAUGUCUUUAUUGACAGUUACUUAUGUUUAUUUUUCUGAUUUUUGUUUUUUUUUUUCCCUAGUCUAGCGCAGGUGUAGAGUAUAGAUUAAGAUAUGUGUGGGUGUCGCGACAUUUGCUGCAUAACAACUUUCAAUUAAAGAAACAUUUUGUCCUUUAAUUAUUUUUAAGAAACUUUUUUUCACAGAAAGAAUGCCAUGAACUAAAAUAUUAAAUGACACUUUGUUUUUAAACUUAUCCCUAUUCUCCAUCUUCUGGUCUAACUAGCCUUAACAAGGUGGUCUAGAUUGUGCACUUUGCUGGUUCAUACUGGUAGUAUGCAGAUGUAUUUAGCCCUGUGUGGUUCAUCCUUCACAUUCUUCAUGAAGAGUCCCAAUAAAGCCUUGAUUGAAGCAGGGGUGUCCAGUACUGGUAUUGGGGAGCAACAGCUGCCCUAGCCAUUCACUCCAGCCCAGCUGCUAGUAUGAUCUUAAUUAAACAUUAUGUUUAACCGGAUAGCAAAGCCUGACUGUCUGUUUGCAGUCUCAAAUUAUCUUGUUGCUUUCCUUCAUUUCUUUGAAAUUUAUCCAUUUUCUCAGUUGCUUUCUUCAACUUACUGUCUGCCCCAGCACCAGAGAGCAUAGAGUGGGAACCCCAGACAGGAUUCCAGCCUACCAUAGGGCACUCAAAUACACACAGGACCAAUUUACCUGACCAGCUGGAAUGUGGAAGGAAAACCUGCAAAGGCAUGAAAACAAGUUACAGACACUCAAACUCAGGUCUCUGGAGCUGUGAGGAGUCUUGUGAAAAAUGCUUAUUGUGAUAAAAGAUUUUAACAGCAUGACACUCUUUUUUACUUCUUUUUAAUUUUUCCUUUUUUUAUUUUUUUAAUUCAAGUGCCUGAUAAUGCAUGUUUGUCGAACAUGCAGGUAAAAAUUUUUUUGCUAUACUCUGCUAUUCUCUAUUACAAUACUUCUGUCAACCAAGAGUUUUAA